AAUAAGUGCCCGGCGUGCUUCGGUACGAGCUGGUGCCGCCGCUUCCUCAACGGGCAGGUGGCUUUCGAGGCUUGGGGCCGCCUGCGCCUCCUGGACUUCCUCAACGUGAAGAACGUGUACUUCGGGCAAUACGGCGAGCCCCGAGAGGGUGGUCGCCGCCGCGUCGUGCUCAAGCGCCUGGGCUCACAGCGCGAGCUGGCGCAGCUCGACCAGAGCAUCUGCAAGCGGGCCACGGGCCGCCCGCGCUGCGACCUGCUCCAGGCCAUGCCCAAGACGGAGUUCGCCCGCCUCAACGGCGACGUGCGGCUGCUCACGCCCGACGCCGUGGAAGGCUGGUCCGACCUGGUGCACUGCCCCUCGCAGCGCUUGCUAGACCGCCUGGUGCGCCGCUACGCCGAGACCAAGGAUUCGGGCAGCUUCCUGCUCCGCAACCUUAAGGACUCGGAGCGGAUGCAGCUGCUGCUCACUCUCGCCUUCAACCCGGAGCCGCUGGUGCUACAGGUAGGUGGGCAGACGGGCACCCGCGCGGCCGAGACGGGGCGGUCGGCCGCCACCGAGGAAUGA